AGGUAGUACAUCACACCAAUAUUUAUCAUUAGCUUUUGAUCUCACCUCUCUUGAAGCUAGAAAGCCAGCUUGAUCACAUAUUUUUGUUGUAAUAAACAUUCCUUUUAGAGAUCCUACGAAUGGCGCCUACCAAAACCAGUGCCGCACAAUGGGAUAACGAUUCUGUAACUGAGUGGGUGAUAAACAAAGGCAAUGGAGUGAAGGGUCUCUCAGAAACUGGCCUCAAAACCCUCCCCCAUCAGUAUAUCCAGCCCGUGGAAGAGAGGACGAUGAGUAAGGUCUUGGUCGGAGAGUCUAUUCCGAUCAUCGACGUGUCCAACUGGGACGACCCCAAAGUAGGCGAGGCGAUUUGCGACGCUUCAGAGAAAUGGGGUUUCUUUCAGAUCAUCAACCAUGACAUCCCCCUGGAAGUGCUCGACAACGUUAAAAAGGCGACAUAUCGCUUCUUUGACUUGUCCGCUGAGGAGAAGAACAAGUAUUCCAAAGAGAAUACCGUGUCCAACAAUGCCCGAUACACCACCAGCUUUAUUCCUACGGUUGAGAAGGCUCUAGAAUGGAAAGAUUACCUCAGUCUCUUCUAUGUUUCCGAGGAAGAGGCAGCUGCUGUCUGGCCUUCUUCUUGCAAGGAUGAAGUGUUAACUUACAUCCAUACCGGCGAAAAAGUUGCGAAGAACUUGUUAAAGGUGCUACUCAAGGGGCUAGACGUGACUGACAUAGACAGUGAGAAAGAGCAACUUGUAACAGGUUCAAAGAGGGUUAACAUGAACUUCUAUCCUAAGUGCCCAAACCCUGAUCUCACUGUUGGAGUUGGUCGCCAUUCUGAUGUCUCGGCAUUUACUAUUCUCCUUCAAGAUGAUAUUGGUGGGCUUUACGUGAGGGUAGAGGCUACGGACAGUUGGAUCCAUGUGCCGCCAGUAAAAGGAUCUCUUGUUAUUAAUAUAGGUGAUGCUGUGCAAAUACUUAGCAAUGGACGUUACAGAAGUAUUGAGCACAGAGUCGCGGCUAAUGGAAACAGCGACAGGAUCUCAGUUCCCCUUUUCAUCAACCCAAGGCCAGAAGAUAUCAUCGCUCCGUUGCCUGAAGUUCUCGCUAAUACCGGAGAGAAACCGAUUUACAAGCCAAUUUUGUACUCGGACUACUGCAGGCACUUUUACAGGAAGGCCCACGAUGGAAAGGCUACCAUUGAUAUCGCAAAGGCAUAAGUUUGUUUUUCUGUGUCCUGAUGUUGUAGUGAUGAAAAAUAAACAUUAAGAGUGGGAUCCAUGAAAUUCACUUGAUUAAGAUGUAAGACCUUGUUAGCAAAUAAGUUUCAAUAAUAUCUUUUAAGAGACGUUUGUUGUACUCCUUGGGUUUAUGUAAAAGUACUGCAGAAGUACUGGGAGUCUUAAUAUAUAUUGUAAUAAACACGUUAUUUAAAAAUACGGGUUGUUUGGGUCA